AUGUUUAUGCUGUGUAGUCAGCCGUACUCACUCAAAAUGCUGUGGGCUCCCAUAGUCGACGCUUUCUAUUCAGAAAAGAUAGGGAGGCGUAAGACAUGGAUCGUGCCUCUUCAGUGGCUAAUUGGUCUUAUGUUAGUUUGCUUUUCUGGGGUAAUCGAGACUUCGUUGUAUUCUGAAAGUCCGAACAUUGUUUUCCUGACCAUCUGCUUUACAGUUUUCUAUUUUUUGGCAGCCACCCAAGACAUCGCUGUGGAUGCUUGGGCUCUCAGUCUCCUCUCCGAAAAGAACAAGAGAUGGGCGAGUACCUGCAAUGUAAUUGGUCAGACACUGGGAAUCCACUUUGCCAAUUCCGUGUUUUUAGCACUGAACAAUCCUUCUUUUCUCUCCCAUUUCCGCAGCGCUGGCGCCAGCAACGAGCCCCUCAUGACGCUCCACAGCUUCUCCAUCCUUUGGGGCCUCAUCUUCAUCGUCUUCACCACCUUUUUGUUCUUUUUUGUCCCCGAAGAACUCCCAAAACCCGACCAAUCUUCCGUUUCCGAGCCUUCCAAGCCGCCAUCAGAGACAGAAAGCGACGACUCCAAGCCUCUUUUGGUGCGUCGCCACUCUCCGCGCGUCGACACACCGAAACCGCAGCCACCAAACCCCGAUCAAGGCUACUCGGUGCUCUCCAUCUACCGCUUAUACUACGAAAUCAUCAAAAACCCCUACGUUUCGAUGUAA